GCGGUGGAAACCUCAAAUCCUACUGAAGGAAAUUGACCACUUGGGAGACAGACGUACAUGGGACUGUAUUAAAAUAACCCUCAAAUAACUAGAGCGUAGAAGUGUGGACUGGAUUCCUCGUGAUAGGAUUAAGAGUUAGGCUCUUGUCAACAUGGUCAUAAAACUCAGGGUUACAUAAAAUAUCAAUUUGACCAGAUCAGCGAUUAUCAACUUCACAAAAAGUUUUCUGAUCCAAGGAAUUACUUCAAGUCACCACAAUUGUUUUUUUUUUCUUCGUAAACCUCUAGUAUUUCAUAUAAUGUGUUAAAUAAAGUAGAUAAUUUAUGAAUUUACCACAUUACCAGAUACAGUUGCUAACAAUUUUCCGAGAGCUUUAAAUCUCCAUUCUCAGAAUGCAUAAAGUCAGGAUAUGCUUUGAUGCAAGUUCCCCACCCCACUCCUCAAUACUGUAAGGACCUUGAAUCAGCUGGUGCGUACCAGUAUUCACCGUAUAACUGAACACAACACAAUUUUAAAUGAAGCUCUGGGUUACUAGCGCUUUAAACCACGCGAGUACAAAUAACACGAGCAGGCCUGUCUACUUUAAAAGCUUUCUUCUUCCAGUUUCGCAGAUGUGUGUCAUCAAGGGUCCUAUAUACCUUAUGACAUUAUGCUGAUAGUUCACUUAACCUUCGUAUGAACUAUCCGUAUUGUAAAUUUCAGCAACUAAAUACAGACUUAUUACAUAGGUAAAUGUAUUAUACACAGAUUCAAGCCUAAUGAGUGUGCAGUGACUAACAUAAGGCUCAGAAAAUAAUUGCGUCCAUACAAACUAUGAAUAGUAACGAAGAACGAUUCUGUCCUCCUAAUCUAUCGGCGUAAAAGAGCAUUAAGUGAACUCAUCGUGACUCUGUAAUUGUUGACAACGUUUGCCACAAUAGCACGUGUAAGUGCUCUUUGUACGCAAGGUCGCACUCCGAGCCCUUACCUCAUGGUGUACGUGCGGAAUUCUAGGAGACACCGCACUACCGGCGAUGACAUGAGGAAAUUUAUUUCUAUCCUUGAUGGCUGUGGGGUUCAUACAAGAAGCGAGUUCCACGUGGAUCGUCAUUUCUUUGCCUUUCAGACAUCCUUUAUGGAGUCUUUAAUACCGAAUUUGUGGCCUUUUACUUAUACAUUAUACACCGCGUUUCAAAAGUAGCUUUACAACUUCGCAGGAGAAUAUAAAUUUAUUUAAAGGACUUGCGCAAUAUUUUUAAAUGCACAAAUUUAGCCAAACACACCAAGUUUCAUGCGCAUAAACUGUAGUACCGAAAACCGUGUUUCUGAAGACGCCGUGGAACAGAUUAGGGAGAGUUUCGCUCGAAGUCCACGCAAGUCAACGAGACGUGUAUCUCGGGAAAGUGGGAUUCCACAUGUGACUGUGUGGCGAGUGCUACGAAGACGUUUACACUUAAGAGCGUGCAGAUUAUCCAUGGUGCAAGCCAUUUCAGAUGGCAAUAAACUGGCUCGUAAGGAAUUUUGUACGGAAAUGUUGCGGCGGGUUGAAGACGACGAAGGAUUUCUGGACUCAGUAAUUUUCAGUGACGAAAGCACGUUCCAUGCAACUGGUAAGGUCAACACUCACAAGUGCAGGAUUUGGGGUAGUGAAAAUCCACGCGCCUUCCUGGAAUUUGUUCGUGAAAGUCCAAAAGUUAAUGUGUUUUGCGCCAUCAGCAAAGAUAAAGUGUACGGCCCCUUCUUUUUCAUGGAGAAGACCAUUGCCGGCAUUGUGUAUCUGGACAUGUUCCAACAGAUCCUCAUUCCUCAACUUGACGAAGAUGACCAGGAAGGACGCAUUCACUUCACCCCGUCAUUACCUCGGAGAAGUGAGCGAGUACCUCAACAACCGUUUCCCAGAUCGAGUGUACGUGCCACCCUAACCUGCAAAUACAGGACUGACAACUGA